GUAGCUUUGUGUCUGUCCAAAUUGGAUUAGUUGAAUUUUGAGUCAACUAUAUAUACAUUAUUCUACACAUAACUCACGCGGUUUAUUGACAUCACACUCCAUAUAACUAACAUUAGCCCAUCCAAAAACAAACAAAACUUAACAAAACAAAGAUUUAACGAGUAACAACUAUCUUUAAUUUUCAUCCAAAAAACACAAGAGUAUCAACUAUAUUGUACCCUUCAUUUGAUGGCGUCUAAUGAAGCAAAAGCAAACGCUACUAGCAGCAGCAACAACAACGACAAUGAAGUGGUGUACGGGGCUGAUGAACUCCUCGAGGCGGCCUUAGAAGGCCGAGCAGAUGAAGCUGUGGAAAUCCUCACCAAAGAUCCGACCCUAAUCCAAAUUGGGGAUGCUGUUGGAGAUACAGCAUUCCAUGUCGCGGCACGAGCCGGACAUGAGACUACUAUAUCGAAGAUGAUGGAGUUUCUUGACAUGAACAACCAUGUUAAGAUAUUGAGGGAUGCAUUAUGCGAAGGGAAUGCAGAAGGUGACACGCCCUUGCAUUUGGCUCUCAAGAACGGCCAUUUAGAUGCCGCGACUCUUCUAGCUAGGAAUGAGCCGAGUGUCAUAUACCAAUUCAAUAAUGAUGAAAAGACGCCGUUUGAUCUAGCGCAACAAGCUGGGUAUCAAGAUUUGUGUAUCCGAAUGGAGCGUGUGGGGCGACACAAGCAACUCUUUCUACCUUCUGAUAUACAAUUGGGUCUUGUAAGAAUGGGGCUUUCGGAUGAUGAUGAUGAUGAUGAUGAAGAAGAAGAAGAAGAAGAGUGGAUUAGACUCUUUAAGGCAGCUGCGAGAGGUAAACUAAGCGUGAUCGCACAGAUCAUGGAAGACGACGCUUAUCAAGACAUAAUACGGUACAAGGAUAACACGGAUUGCACUGCGUUACAUAUGGCUGCUUAUCAUGGUCAAACCAAGGCACUAAAGAUGAUUGAUGAAUUAAUGCAAAGCGAAAAUAGUUUUAAGAAAUUGUUGCUUGGGGUUGACCGUUACGGUAACACCCCUUUGUACUAUGCUGUCGAUGGUAACAAAGAGAACACCGCGAUUUACAUGGUUAAGGUAGCACCAAGGGCCACAUACAAAGCCAACAACCAAGGGGAAUCGCCGCUGUGCCUUGCUAUAGAGAAGGGUUACUUGGAUCUGGUUAGGGCCAUGACCGGAAUGGGUUUAGAUCGAUCCAUCAGAAAGCAUCUUCUCAGUCAUGCCAAGAACGUUUCUAUUGCACAUAUUGCCCUUGAGAAGAGGAACCUGGCUGUGUUGAAGGCAAUCAUGGAGGGCCUUCCUGAGCUCAUCGACUCACCAAACAAUAAAGGAUGGAAGCCUCUUUCAUAUGGAGCGUACAACGGUUGUUACGAUGAAAUCUGCUACAUUGUACAAGAGUUUCCAGAAUAUGUAAUGAUAAAAGACAACGAUGGUACAUAUCCUAUUCACAAAGCAAUUACUGGAGGACAUGUUAAUGUAGUCGAGAAGCUUAUAUUGAGUUGCCCUAAUGUACUAAAUUGUUUUGAUAAAAAGCGUAACCUACUUGAAUUUGCAACUUAUUAUAGAAAAACACAUGUUGUCUCUUACUUAGGAGGGCUAAAUUAUUUUAGAUGAAAUUGAAUUUAUUAUGUGAAUCAUUCAUAGAGAUUGUGAAAGUUAAGAAUAGAUUUAUUUUCCCCUACAAUAGCGUUAUUUUCAUACGUAGGACAUGUCUUUUUUAUUCCCUUUUGUAUGUAUUCCUUUGGUUAAGAUUGUAGGUUUUCAUCUUAAAGAAACAAUGAAUAAAUCAGUAUAAUUUAUAUUC